GGGCGGCCCACUUCCCUAAGCUUGGCACGCUUCUCCCGCCCCCGUGCUCGCGCUUUCUGAAGGGGCGCGCCCGCACGGAGCCGCCCUCCCAGCACCGCCCACUCCCCUCCCCGUAGCUGCCCCUCCCUCCGCCAGGACAGCCGGUGGCGGUGGCGGUGGCUGGGUGAGGCCCCUCCCUCACGCCCUCCUUUCCCUCGCUCGCAGCCGAGUUGAGCCGGCGUACGCGGCUGGGCCCCCAACACUCCCCGGGCCAUGGCCGGCAACGUGAAAAAGAGCUCUGGGCCUGGGGGCGGCGGCGGCUCCGGGGGCUCGGGCUCGAGCGGCCUGAUCGGGCUCAUGAAGGACGCCUUCCAGCCGCACCACCAUCACCACCACCACCACCUCAGCCCCCACCCGCCCGGGACCGUGGACAAGAAGAUGGUGGAGAAGUGCUGGAAGCUCAUGGACAAGGUGGUGCGGUUGUGUCAGAACCCAAAGCUGGCGCUAAAGAAUAGCCCACCUUAUAUCUUAGACCUGCUGCCAGAUACCUACCAGCAUCUCCGCACUAUCUUGUCAAGAUAUGAGGGGAAGAUGGAGACACUUGGAGAAAAUGAGUAUUUUAGGGUGUUCAUGGAGAAUUUGAUGAAGAAAACUAAGCAGACCAUAAGCCUCUUCAAGGAGGGGAAAGAAAGAAUGUAUGAGGAGAAUUCUCAGCCUAGGAGAAACCUAACCAAACUGUCCCUGAUCUUCAGCCACAUGCUAGCAGAACUAAAGGGAAUCUUUCCAAGUGGACUCUUUCAAGGAGACACAUUUCGGAUUACUAAAGCAGAUGCUGCAGAAUUUUGGAGGAAAGCUUUUGGGGAAAAGACAAUAGUCCCUUGGAAGAGCUUCCGACAGGCUCUUCAUGAAGUACAUCCCAUCAGUUCUGGGCUGGAGGCCAUGGCUCUGAAAUCCACUAUUGAUCUGACCUGCAAUGAUUAUAUUUCAGUUUUUGAAUUUGACAUCUUUACACGACUCUUUCAGCCCUGGUCCUCUUUGCUCAGGAACUGGAAUAGUCUUGCUGUAACUCAUCCUGGUUACAUGGCUUUCCUGACGUACGAUGAAGUAAAAGCUCGGCUCCAGAAAUUCAUUCACAAACCUGGCAGUUACAUUUUCCGGCUGAGCUGUACUCGUCUGGGUCAGUGGGCUAUUGGGUAUGUCACUGCUGAUGGGAACAUUCUCCAGACAAUCCCUCACAAUAAACCUCUCUUCCAAGCACUGAUUGAUGGCUUCAGGGAAGGCUUCUAUUUGUUUCCUGACGGACGAAAUCAGAAUCCUGACUUGACAGGCUUAUGUGAACCAACUCCCCAAGACCACAUCAAAGUGACCCAGGAACAAUAUGAAUUAUACUGUGAGAUGGGCUCCACAUUCCAACUGUGUAAAAUAUGUGCUGAAAAUGAUAAGGAUGUAAAGAUUGAGCCUUGUGGACACCUCAUGUGCACAUCCUGUCUUACAUCCUGGCAGGAAUCAGAGGGCCAGGGCUGUCCUUUCUGCCGAUGUGAAAUUAAAGGUACUGAGCCCAUUGUGGUAGAUCCAUUUGAUCCUAGAGGAAGUGGCAGCCUAUUGAGGCAAGGAGCAGAGGGAGCUCCUUCUCCAAAUUAUGAUGAUGAUGAUGAUGAACGAACUGAUGAGUCGCUCUUCAUGAUGAAGGAAUUAGCUGGUGCGAAGGUGGAACGCCCUCCUUCUCCAUUCUCCAUGACCCCACAAGCUUCCCUUCCCCCAGUGCCACCACGACUUGACCUUCUGCAACAACGAGUAUCUAUUCCUUCAAGUGCUUCUGGUCUUGGAACUGCUUCUAAGGCUGCUUCUGGCUCCCUUCAUAAGGACAAACCAUUACCAAUACCUCCCACACUUCGGGAUCUUCCACCACCACCCCCUCCAGACCGGCCUUAUUCUGUUGCAGCAGAAACCCGGCCUCAGAGACGCCCUUUGCCUUGUACACCAGGCGACUGUCCAUCCAGGGACAAACUGCCCCCUGUCCCCUCUAGCCGCGUUGGGGAAUUAUGGCUGCCUCGGCCAAUCCCCAAAGUACCAGUAGUUGCCCCAAACCCUAGUGACCCCUGGAAAGGGAGAGAAUUAACCAACCGGCACUCACUUCCAUUUUCAUUACCCUCACAAAUGGAACCCAGAAUAGAUGUGCCUAGGCCCGGAAGCACAUUGAAUCUGGAUACCUCCAUGAAUAUGAAUAGCAGUCCAUUGCCAGGUCCAGAGUGUGAGCACUCCAAAAUCAAACCUUCUGCAUCUGCCAGUGCCAUUUAUUCUCUAGCUGCCAGGUAAACCUCUUUGCCAAAGCUGCCUCCUGUGGAGCAGUGUGAGCACACGAGGAACACAGAGUAUAUGACUCCCUCCUCUAGGCCUCUAGGGCUUCAAAAGCCAGAUGCAAAAUGGCCUUUGGAGAUAACUCAGAGUUCACGAGUGUGUGAUUGUGACCAGCAGAUUGAUAGCUGUACAUAUGAAGCAAUGUAUAAUAUUCAAUCCCAGGCAGUGCCAUCUGUGACAGAGAGCAGCACCUUUGGUGAAGGGAAUUUGGUUGCAGACCAUGCCAGCACUGGCCCUGAGGAAUCAGAAAAUGAUGAUGAUGGGUAUGAUGUUCCUAAGCCACCUGUGCCAGCAGUGCUUGCCCGCCGAACUCUGUCAGAUAUCUCUAAUGCCAGCUCCUCCUUUGGCUGGUUGUCUCUGGAAGGUGAUCCCACAACAAACUUCACUGAGGGUUCCCAAGUUCCUGAGAGGCCUCCCAAGCCGUACCCUCGGAGAAUCAAUUCUGAACGAAAAGCCAGUAGCUGUCAGCAAGGUGGUGCUCCUGCUCCUGCUCCUGCUCCUGCUCCUGCUCCUGCUCCUGCUCCUGCUCCUGCUCCUGCUCCUGUUUCUGCCGCCACGCCCUCUCCUCAGCUCUCCAGCGAGAUUGAGAACCUCAUGAGUCAGGGAUACUCCUACCAGGACAUUCAGAAAGCUUUGGUCAUUGCCCACAACAACAUUGAAAUGGCCAAAAAUAUCCUCCGAGAAUUCGUUUCUGUUUCUUCUCCUGCCCAUGUGGCCACCUAGCACAUCAUCUCCCUGCUGCAGCUUUAGAGGACCAAUGAGCUGGGAGCUCUUACUCAAGUAGCACCUGAAGGGCAGAGAGGUUCCUUUGGAGACUUCACAAUCAAGUCUGGCCCUAUCUGUGGGCUAUCACAUCUGUGGUUCUAAGAUUUCAAAGCAGUGGAAUGAAAUAGGAGCAGCUAGUGUGUUUUAUUAUUUUAUUUGUUUUGAGUUGUCCUUCAGUCCCCACUUAGAGAGAGUGUGGGUUUUUUUUAAAUGGUGGCCUUCCUGGGGAACAGUCCCGAAGGCAGUAGGAGAGGUGUUGUGCUGUAAAUCCUAAUUGAGGAUUUAGUCUUAAUUAAGACUUUCCUGGGUUAAGAACGUGGUUGUGUAUGUGUGUUUAUCUGUGUGUGGUCGUGUGUGUCUUGUGAUUGUAAGGUUAACCUUCUGUCUGUGUUCCUCCCAGGAAGGGAAUUAGCACAAGAGGUUUAGGAAGGAAUCUUUUAAAAACUUACAUCUACUAUGGUAUUAUAUCCAACUCCAGUGUGUAUUACAACUUCAACAUUCCCCUCUGGCUUGGAUUAUCAUAUGCAUAACUGAAGUCUUUUAUUUUUAGAACACCUUCCCUUUGUCCUUUCUCAUCUGCACCUUCCUCCUUCACCUUGGUGUCUGUCAUUGGCAUUUGGCUUGCUAUGACCAGCCUUACUGAAGGCAAGCGGCUUAUAGGAUGUUCUAUAUUGUGUGUGAUGGUGUUGGUUCAUUUAGUAGAUGGAUGGGGGGUGGGGGGGAAGUACUGUAGCUAUAUCAUUAUAGUCAUGUUUAAUAUUUACAGCUAACACUGGUCACUCCAAAGCACUGUUUCUGUAGGAACAUUGAAUCUGUUAAAAUAAGAUGUUUGAAUUAUCAUAAUUACAUAAUGACUGAUUUGAAAUAAAGGCCUUCAAAUACAUUCCAUGCCCUCCCCAGAAAAUAACCUGUGGGAGUCAAUUGCCUUGGUGCCAGGUAUGUGUAUGUCUAACGUAGGUCAUGCGUUUUUCUACUUAAUGGGAGGGGAAGAGCAUUUGUUUCCAGCAUGGCUUUCUGGAAGACUGUGAAGCUUUUAGGAAACUUCAUUCAUGUGUUUUUUUACCUUGUUGUCCAUAAAAUGCACAAAAUAGACAGUAGGAUAUAUCUGUUCAGUUUUUCUUCCCAGUUCAUUAAUUCCAGCUUGUAUGAGUGUCUCCUCCCUUUGAACGUGAUCCAGGUUAUACUUUCAGAAAAAAAAAUUUUUUUUGCCCUUUAAGGAUUGAGGGUACCAACCCAUGGUAGCACAGCAUUUUGCUGAUAACAAGCACCAAUCCUACAUUGAUGUCACCUGACAACUUGGUUUUCUCUUGUGCCUAUGGCUUUGGGAAUGUAGCAUAUCCUUCCCCUUUCCUUUUUCCCUAGAUCCUAUAUACUCUUCAAUAACUGCAUUGUCUGAAGAAGACAUCAUUUAGUGUAAUAAAUGACUACUGUAGUCAAAGACAAUAUGUGAACAGCCAGGCAGUUUGUGUAAUUGCAGGUUCAUAAAGCAGAUUUUUUCCCUCUCUUUUCUUUGUAACUAAAACUUUUUCUAACUCUUUUCUUGGCUUUCAGUUACUCAUAGAUAUUUUGGUUUUAUCCUCUAGUCUCAGCCAUUUAUGUUUUUAUAGUAGACAAUACAGGACUUCUUGUUGAUUUGCCAUAGUUACCCAGUGUCUCCUCUGUGGAAAACAAGACAGCCCACCUUCAGGUAUGGGAGGUCCUGAAUUGGUAUGGAGAGGGGUAGAGGAGAAUGGCAGUAAGUAAGAAACAGUAACUUAGCAUUUCCUUCUAAAAGCCAGUGUAGUGUUUUGUUUGUGGUAACAUUCAGUUUUGCAUUUUAUGUAGAUACCAAAGGCCUAAACAAAAGAACUAGAAAAAAUGGCAGCAGGUCCAAUGCCUAUCCACACUGGAAAUUUUCCUUGUCUGAUAUUGCCCAUAGUCUGAAGAUCUACCAAGAGAAUAAAGCACUGGUUCUGCAUAUCUUUUGCAUUUUCAAGAUGCAUUCAAAACUUGUUCUUUGGAGAAUGUGCUCACUUAUAUAAGCUAAGGGCAAGUACAUCCUUUCUUUUCCUAAUGGAGUACUCGUGUGGCCUGUUGGGUACUUCCUGAACUGAAGUACCAGAUCCCUGUGUUGAACAUGUGCACCAUUGAUUGGUUUAUUCAUUAGCUGGUCAGCUGUGUAUCUGUAGGCAUUCAAGGUUUAAGACCAUUCUGUGAGGGUUAUUCUCUUUGGGUGUUCUGAGGGUACACCUGGGUCCACGCCUGACUGAGCUUGCCAGGUGAGCCUCAGGAAAGUUUUCACAUGGCUCUUGUUUUGAGGUUAUUUCUAAAACUUUAAUUUCUUAAAUUUUUUCUUUGGCUAAAGGCACUAAUAUCUCCUUCUUCAUCCUCCAUUUGUAAUGCAAUUUUUAAUUCUUUGGCUCUGCUCUGAAGUGAACUAAAAUUGCUCUUUCACAGCAGGGUUUAUUUUGAGUUUUGGGCAAACCCAUCCCUUUCCUCCCUCCUAAUUAUAAGUGGUUCCUCCUCUGUUAACUAUCAGGUGGAUAAGGUAAAAACCACUUUGAUGUUUUCCUUUUUCUUAAAUGCAUUAGGCUAUUCCAUUCAACUCAGUUCCCCGUUUACUCUAUGUCCUCCUGGGUUGCUUUACAUAGCCUGCCACAUUACUGGGUGGCUGCUUUGCAAUGCAUUUACCACUAAAGGAUUCUCAAAGUGGAAAAAACCUUUGGGCCCUAUGAUAUACCUCCCUUUAGGUGAACAAUAGAUUGGACAAUUGAUCAUCUCAGCAUUUAUCUGUUACUAUUUAUGUAAGGUAGUGAUCUAUACCUGUGGAUGGCCCUUUCUACCCUAGUCCCACUCCAGAUCUUCUGCCAUUCUUUUAUUCUCUUUUCUUAUACAAACUCUCAACACCAGGGCCCAGGAUGUGGGAUAGUACUAUUGAUAUCAUUUUGCUGUUUUGUGGAUUAAGAAAUAACAUUUUUGUGGGGGUCACUGUUCUUCAUACUUGAAGUAUUUAUUUCUUCUACAUAAAAGUAAAAUAUAUUUUAUAGUCCAAAUGGACCAUAAUGAAUUUUUGUAAAUUUGCUUUCAAAGUAGGGACCCAGCUCUAUGCUCCCUUUAGGGUACUAAUAACAAGAUCUAGACCUUUUUUUCUUUUUUAUUGAGAUAUAAUUGAUAUUUAACAUUGUAUUAGUUUCAGGUGUACGAAGUAAUGAUUCGAUAUUUGCAUACCCUGCAAAAUGAUCACCACAAUAAGUCUAGUAAGCAUCCAUCACCAUACAUAGUUCCAAAAAAUUUUUUUUCCUUAUGAUGAGAACUUUUUAAGAUAUACUCUCUUGGCAACUUUCAAAUAUGCACUAAAGAUAUAUAGCCCUUUUUGUGGGUGAUCAGCAAUGGUGUUAAUGCAGAAUCUUCUCCUACCUCACAUCAUGAAAGUCAGAGGGUGAUAGACUUUCUUCCCAAACUGUAAGUCCCCCUCCUUACUGUUGGCUUUUCUGACUCUGCAGUGACCACUGCCCGUGGAAUAACGGUAUUCUGACCAUUGACCUGGCUUUUUAUCAGGUUUUUUUUGGUUGUUUUUUUUCAUUCAGUAAAUGUUUAUGAGUGGUUAUCAUGUGCCAAAAGUGUCAGCUUUAUGUUCUUCCCUGCCAUCACUACAUGGUGAUUUACCAACGUUGGGAGAUUGUACUUGCAUUUAUUUCCUUAUAGAGCUAUCCUGGUUAAAAUCAGUUCCAGACUUUCCUGUUGCUCCCUGUUUUCUCCCUAUAGCUUUGCUAAUGUCUGGGAGGUUCGUUGGUGUAAGUCUCAUGGACACCCACCAUUUUAAUGUAUUUCAGUGGAACCUGUUCGAUGAGUUGAGGGGUAUGUUGGCUCAGAGUUGCACAAUAGGGUAGCUAAAUGUUUUAAGUGAAGCAUUUGCCCCCAAUUCCCUUUCCAAUCUGGUGCCUUUCUUGAUCCUUUUUAUUGAGCUGCUUAUGUCCCUGAUCCCCAUGUGCCCCACAUUGGGGAGUUUCCUUAUCACCCUUAUGAGACCUGUCACCAUCUCCCAUUCUGUUGGAACUUGUUUUCCAGUCCUUCAGCAACCAUCCUAAUCCUGUGUCUUAGAAUGGUUGAAGUAGAAUGGUUGAAGGUGUGGGGAAGGAAUGCACACUUGUCUUUGGGUCCUGAUCUUCAAUCAUUUAUUUGGUCUUUCAGAGUCAAGCAGUAAAACAGACUGAACUCAGUUAUCUCUUGAGGUGGGGAGCUUAGAGAGCUUAGAGACCUAAAAGUAUCAAAAUCAACACAUCAUUAUUCUCUUACACUUUCAGGCUUUAGAAAUUCCACCUACAGUGUUCUAACUCAGCAUAAAGCAUUACUAUCACUACUUUGAUCUCAAUCUACAUUAGCAGUCUUUCUUUGGAAAUGCAUAUAGCCAUUUAACGUAUGGAGGUGGGUACAUACUGGAAGAAGAUCAGGGUUAUAUCUUUGACUAUCCUGUUUGGGAAUCCUUUGUAUGUAAGAAACAAAAGUAUUCAAGCUAAAGAAAGGAAAGAAUCAUAAGGAUGCAGAGUAUUUCACAGAACACAGGAUAAGAAAUAAGUUGAUUCUUGCAGGGAGCUGGAACUGUAAAACUUUGUAUCUAGUCCUUUUUCCUGCUUCUCAGUCCAUUUAUUGGCAUGCAUGGUCCCAAAAUAGAUACCCCGGUCCUCAAGUCUACUUGACCUUCCAACUCUAGGGAUCACCAUUAUCAGAUUCCUAGUACCUCUUAGUUCAUAUUCUUAAGAAAGAAAGAAUAUAAUCAUUCCAGCACAUUUAUUGGUUAUCUACUGGUAACUAGUUAUCCUUGCCACACAGGAGUAUGCAACAGCAGCUUACUCCUUCAGAGGGGAGAUGAAAGGGAGUUCUUAGAGAAGAGGGUAUAGAUGGGAUAGACACCCUAAAAAUAAUAGUAAACUGCUAUCAUACUGCUUUUUUCAAGAGUGAAAAGGCAGCCGUGGGACCAUGUCUGGGAUAUCAAGGAAAUUCUUAGGUUUAAAUUCAGGUUUUUGUCUUUGUUUAUUUCCUAUUUUUCUUCCUUUUAUGAGUCUUGGUGUCCAAGAUUUAUUAUCUCCUUUGUAGGACCAGUUUUUCCUGUUUCGAAGCUAGUCUAUUCUUAAGUGACAUUUCUUAGCCCUCAUUCAAACUCAGGGUUUUUAGCCUUCUUUCAUAUGAUUUAGAGAGCAGAUCACAGAUCACAGUGGACUUCUGGGCUCUCUUUAGGGUUCAGUACUAAAAAUGUAUUUAUUCUGUGGGCCCAUGGCCUGUGUCCUUGUGUACCCUCCUCUUCACUGUUUGAUUUGGUCUUUCCUGUAUGAAGAGGACUCCUCAAUAGUAGUCUUAAACCAGCCAUCCCAGGUGCCUCAGAAACUACGUUGCUGUAGCCAGUAAGAAUAUGUAAUAGUUGGGAGAGUUGCCAGAAGAUAAAUUAGAUAUAGAUUCAGUUUAGAAUGGAGUUUUUACUGAGAACUCUUUAGACAAGAUAUCUUUGUCUUCCUGGUCCAGUUGUCUUCUUUGUAGUCCUGUAUCAAACCUUUAUUUUUUAUUUUUAAAAAUUUUGCCUCUGCUUGCCUGAAUCUUUUUAUCUUAUUUAUCUCACCCUAGAGCCUGUCCUGUGUUAUUAAGGCAUUUCAUAAUUACUUAAACUUUUUAAAACUACUGGAGCCAUUUGAUAAACACAAAAGUAAUCUGAUAAUCCAAAGAUAUACAUUGAGGCACAUGAUGAAGGGUAGGUUGUCCGACUUUGCAUUUGAUAUUCUAGUUCUAGGCUCCAGAAUUAAGGAGCAGAGGGAUGGCAAUGCCAUGUGCCUCCACAGCAUCCUAGGAAAUCUCAUUGGUUUCAAAGGGGGUGGGGGAGCACUGUGUUUCUUGGUUCCAGAAAGUAGCAAAAGAGUAAGAGGUGGGAAAAGAGGGAUGAGCAAGCAUGGCGUGCAGGCUCAUUCAUUGUUAAAUGGGAAGCACUGCUGCUGGCAACAGACUAACAGCUGUUUGGAGAGUUCACUGCCCUUUUCCUUGUAUAGUGCUCGAGAAAAAUGUGGCUUACCGCUCCCUCUCUUUGACACAGUAAAGGCUGAAAGCCAACCACAGAUCUCGUUGAUUUGAUAGCCAAGCAAAUCAGAGUUCUGAUUUACAGUGUCAUAUUCUUGAUUCAGUCUCAAAAAUGAAUGUGGGAGGCGCCUUGAAGACAUUACCUCUCACAAGUUCUUCUACCCCUGAUCCAGAUUGGGAUGCCAAAAGGAGGAUUUCCCAAUAUCUGCUAUGUGUAACCCCUCAGGCCUUGUACUGCCUCCAUGCUCAGGCCCCGCAGUGGGGUAUACUGUGUGCCCAAGCCCAGCACUUAAACAUAUGUGUUAAGGUACCCUGUGUGUCAGUUCCCUCCUCCCUUCCCACCUCUGACCCUGUUAAGAUGGGUGAGGGUAGCCAUGCUUGUGGCUGUUGGAAACUGAAGGGGCAGAAAGCUACCUACGAGUCUGUAGACUGCAUGUUUUCUCUUCUUUGACAUCCUUUUGCUAUCUGGGUGAGUAAGCUGCAGGCCCAGUGCCCGUGAGAGUAGAUGCCUCCUGACCUACUCUUCUCAGCAUGAUUUUAGUGUCUUGGUCUUGACCUCCUGCUGUAACAUAUGUUUGGGCAUGGCAGCUAUGAAGUACCUCCUACAUCUGCUUUUUGGCUGUGGUAACUUGGGAUUGUUAACCUUAUAUAUCUUUUUCCUUUAUUCAAAACAAGACAAUUUUUAGCACACUGAAUAAAAGCCAAACAUUUUGUGCCUUUCUAAGGCAGCACUGUAUCCCAGGCUGCAUUUUAGGACUUAAUAUGGAAAUACCAGAGUCUUAGCUUUCCUCUACCUUGAGUGUCACUGGUCUCUACAGUCUAGGGGAAGGGAAGAGUGUUCUGUGUGGCUGAAGAGAUGACAUAUACAUGCAGUGUGUCAGUAGUCCCUUUUCCCUGCCAUGAUGCUUAGUUGGAAGAAAUAAACAUUGUCCUCUGGGAUCAUUUGGUUGGUUCCAACAAGAACCAGGUUGAAUGCUGUCUCCAGCAAGAAGAAACAGAAUGUUCCGUGAUUUCCAGGUAUGCUGUGGACCAUUUCAAGUGUCCCAGCCUCCUAGUCCUAUUAAAGACCCCACUCCAUGGAAAAGUGUAGAAUGGACUCUCCUGAGAAGGGGAGGUUGUUUGCUUUUGUCCUUUCCAUUUGCUGGAUCCUGAACUGGCCUAGAUCACCUUCCUCUCCCUUCAUCUGAAGACUUCAGACCCAAAGCAUUAAGCAGCUAGCGCCCUUUUCAGGGUCCAGUUUUCCCCUCGGAAAGGCAGCAAGAACAAUGUACCAGAAGCCUAUCCUCGGUAUUAUGGCCAUUAGGUGUCAGGAAAAAAAAGAAAAAAAAAUGUUUCCUGUAUAAUUACAUUUUACUUCUUUCUUUCCCUUUUCUCAGUUCUUCCCUGCCUUUAACUAAUAAAGAAUUUGGAGAUAGAAACAAUUCUUUUUAAAGUCCUCCUUAUUUGGGAUUUUAACAUUCUUGAUGUGGGUGGGGCUGAAGAGAACUUGAUGCUUUCUCCAGAAUGAGUCCUAAUUUGUAUAUCAGUGUUAAAACAUGAAAACUUAGAUGAGAUUUUUGUGGACUAUUUUAAAAUGUUAUUAAUAUAAAAAAUUUUUAUAUUAGUAGUAUUUAAUCACUCACAUGUAAAGAAUAAGAAAAACAGAAGGUAAAUAUUCUUACAGAGAAGAGCAGAGCUUUAAGAUUCAUUUUCAUUUUAAGACCAUUUUGUUUUGCCAAUGUGUUAAUGUUUAGAGGUCUGUUAUACUAAUGUUAUUUAUUAAUUUUUUCAUUUCCAUACACAGUUAACUAAAGAGCUUUUUUAAGCACCCCUGUCUGUAAAAAAUAUUUUUAAAUAAAGUUUCUUUUGUUGUA